AUCUCCCAGAGGUCAUUGCGGCUGCUGCUUCCUGUCUGGUUACCUGGGUAACAAGCUGUACACUCAGUGCUGUAACCAGCGCAGGAGUCACUGACACAGGGUGAGAUGGAGGUCCUGGAAGAAAGUAUGACUGAGCCGCAGCUGCAGGAUGUAGAGAAGGAUGAUGUUCUGAGUGAUAUCCAGGAGAACUUGUCGCACAUUGAGGCGUCUGACGUGGACAGCACAGAAGAAGCUACGGUGGAGGCCAUAAUGUUCCCAUUGUCCUACACUAGUAAUUCUCCUCAGGAACAGAUGCUGCUAAAUUUGUCUGAGAACUUCUGGCGUCAGUACACGCACCUCUAUCCCGACAGAAAGCCCCUAUUCAUCUGUCCACUGAAUGAGUGCGGUGUGCAGAAGUUUGUCUGCACCACCAUGUGCCCAACGCUUCUCCCAUACCCAGAGCUGUAUAACUGGUCUGAGUGUGCCCAUUUUGUAUCUGAAUUUCUGACCAUGGAGCCGUUGGACCCUCCAUUGGAGCUGCCGCGCCAUCUUUUCUCCUCGCACUCUGUGCUGCGGAAACAGAAGGGAAAUAGCUUUGAUUUCAGUGUGUUGCUGUGUUCUCUGCUGCUGGGUGCUGGCUAUGAUGCCUAUUGUGUCAGUGGCUAUGCAAGUCGUGAUAUGUGCCUGAUGGAUGAAACGCAAGAAGUCUGUCCUCUGCUCCGGAAGCCAGAAGAGAAAAUCGGAGAGGCCCCUGUAAAGCCCCCCAAGAAGUACAGUGUGAAGAACCCCAGGCAACUUGUCAGUAGAUUUGAGCAACAGCAAGAAGCCAAACAAGAGGCAAAGAAGGAAGAAGAGGAGCUGCGCCUGGCGCAGGAAGCAGAGACGCCUGGUCCAGACCCCCUGUAUGGUCUGCGAGUACACUGCUGGGUGUUGGUCCUGUCUGGGAAGAGAGAAGUCCCGGAGAACUUCUUCAUUGAUGCUCUCACAGGCAAUGCCUUCGGCACUACUGAUGACCAUCUCCUGGGUAUCGAGAGUCUGUGGAACCAUGAGAAUUACUGGGUUAACAUGCAGGAUUGUCGGAAUGCUUGCAAGGAUUUGACCUUUGACCUGGGAGAUCCUGUAUGCUGGGAGUUUAUGCUGCUUUGCACAUCGAAACCUAUUCUCCUUAUCCCUGAAAUGGAGGAGGAUGAUGAGGAGGAUACAGAGGAAGCAAAUAGAGAUCAGGAACAGGACAGUACGAAGAUCUCACAGUUGCCGCCAUCUUGGGUUUUGCCCAUUGUUAUAACAGCAAAAGAGUUUGAGACUCGCUGUCCACAAGGGAAGAAGCUUGUACAAUACAAGAAGGCAAAGCUGGAGAAGUGGGCUCCGUACCUGCAGCCGGAUGGGCAGACGUCCCGCCUCACUCAAUACCAAGAUAUACAGUGCUCCUACGAGGUAGAAGUCCAAGACUGGUUUGAGAACCGCGUGGACAAGUUGACCAUGAGACAGCAGGAGAAAGCCGCCAGGCUGACCACGGAUGGUUUCUCUCCGGGGCGUGGCGAUGCUUUGAGAGUGCACACUUACCGCUCCCUGGCCCCAGAGACUGAGCGCACGAUGCACUUCUACAGUGAGGCUCGCCUGGACGGACUACAGACAUGUGAGGAGAAACCAAAGGAGAUGACCCAGACCUUCCAAGGCCGGCCAGACUUCCUUUACUUCAGGCACACCCUGUUUGGUAAAAGACCAAAGAAAGUGGCAAUAGCCGGAGGACCUACAGAAAUCAAUCCAAGGCCAAUUCUGAAAAUCACAGAACGUUUCCAUAGAAACCCUGAGAAACCAGCCAAUGAGGAUGUGGCAGAGCGGAUCUUCUUGAUCAAGGAGGAUCGCAUCCAUGUCCGCUGUCACCGACAAGACGACCACAUCACAGCAUCAUACUGGGAGUUUCUGAAACCGGCCAACCUGGGAGAGAAGGGAACACAUGUUGUACUGAGUCCAGAGACCUGUAUCUCCUACCAGGUGGAGCCUUCUGGGAAGUACAACAAGCAGCUGUAUGUGUACGAGACCCUCAUUCAUCUCCAGCAAGAAGAGCAGCGAUCACAGGAUGCCGUGCGGAAGUCAGAGGCAGAGGUACUAGGUAUCCUCUCUGCUCGCUCUCAGGAAGAGGCAGAUCCGCAGCUCGCUGUCUCCAUAUAUGACACGGAGAGAAACGAGAAGAGCGUGGAAGAGAGAGAGGCUGCGGAGCGCUCUCUGCAGGAGGAGCAGAAACGGCGUGCGGUGCUGGAACUGGAUUACCUGGCACCAUUCCUGGCUCAGGUAGGAGAACCCGAGAAGCUGAGCCGCCUGCAGGCUCACCAGGUGAAGGAGGACUGUCUAAGCGACCUGAAGCAGAGGAUCAUACAGAAAGCUAAUCUCAUCCAGGCUCGCUUUGAAAAGGAGACUCAGGAACUACAGAAAAAGCAGCAAUGGUACCAGCAGAACCAGCUGUCCAUGUGUAAGGAAGAUGAGGACACUUAUAUGGAGUAUUGCUCCGAGGCCAUGUUCCGCAUCCAGAUCCUGGAGACCCGACUCAACAGACACAAAGAACUCACCCCCCAGAAAUACCUGGUUAUGGAGGAUCGGCUUAACAAGGACCCCCGCCUGAGUGAGCCGCUGCUUCUGCCGUAGACCCCCUUCUGCUUGUUAUUAAUAAAGAUGAAGGACCUGCAAUGAGAAGGAGCGGACUCUUGUGCUCACGUUUGUCCAGCAGGUCUCUCUGCAUCGUGACUGUGCUGCAAUAAGAACAGAACCCAACAGUAACGAAAUGGGCUAGCAUUAUAAAUGUUAAUAAAUAGACUCUAUCUGAA